AUGUCUCUCGGCCCGCUCACCACGAGCUUCACCCCGCCCGCAUCGUGCCUCGCCACGUCGGCGCUGUACUGGAUCAACACCGCGUCGACCUUCUACUGGCUGCACGGCCAGCCGCUCCAGUCGUCCUGUUUUCCGAGCAACUACUCGCCGGGCCAGGACCAGUACUACGAACCCGGUGUAUGCCCCGGCGGCUAUACGGCGGCGUGCCGGGCGUCGACUACCAAUGGCGCUGCGGAAAAGGUCACGCGCACGACUUGCUGUCCAGAAGGCGACUACGCCUGCGCCCCAACAUCAAACCGCUACGACUACCCCUGGGGCCCGACCCUGCGCUGCAUGAGCGUGUACAGAGUCGACACAACGACGAGCUUCAUUACCAUCGAUGGCACGCCCCGAGGAGGAGAGACGGCGGGCACGCCGAUGGGCUUGCAGGCGCCGUGUACGGUUAUGGCGUAUGGGGUUGUUGUGCAGGAUGGUGGGGGGGUGAUGAGUACGACGGCGACGGCUGGGGCCUCGGGGUCAGCUUCUAGCGUGCGAGUGUCGGAAACCGGCUCGGCAGAUGCGGUGGCAGGCAACUCGCAAACUGAUAUUAGCAGUAGCAGCAGUAGUAGCAGUAGUAGUAGCGAACACGGCGGACUCAGCAGCGGCGCAGCCAUAGGGAUAGCAGUCGCCGCGGGGCUCGCCACCAUGGCCUUAGGCGGCGCGCUGCUAUUCCUGCUCUGGUCGCGGAAGCGGAAGCGGAAGCAAAAGGAAGCGGAACGUCUAGCAGAAGUAAUGCGUCCGAACCCCUGGGAAUCGAUAGAUGACAGGGCAGUGCCUCUCCAACCCGCGGUGCAGGUAAACUGGCAGCCGGUGGAGUUGGCUAGUGAGAGGGAGGCUAAAGAGAUAGGUGGUGAUAGCCAGGUGCCUGUUGAGAAGGAUGGGACGAGCUUGGCCCGGCGGUAGUAGGUAACGUUGCGGAAGGGAUGGGAAGGGAUGGGAAGGGGGGCGAUGUGUGAUACCGCAGAGUGGGCUUGUAUAUAGAGGUACCUCGUAAUAAAAGGGGGGCCUUUGGCCACAUAAAAUAUUUAUUCAAUGAAAACGGCAUCGAUGCUCAGGAUUGAAAAAUCAGUAGUUGCUUGCCAUGUAAUAAUUUUGGUCGUGGCCGUGAGAAGAUUGUAAUGGGCAAGAAAGCUUACGGAAACAGACCUUUCCUUGCGCUUACCUAGUACAUUGUGUAACAAAACCGGAGGGUUUGACCAACAAAAGCUCGUGUUAUCUAACUACUAGGCACCUAUACGUACGGUAUUAAAUCCGACUGGAAUCAUAAUCUUGUUAGCAUAUGUCCUUGUUUUAUGUAUUGCCAAGUACUCCGUUGAAGGUAUGCCUAGCAUAUAUUGGUUAAGG